AAACAAAUGUCACAGACUGACGUGUAGGAUGAUUCAGCCAAUUAUUAACCGGCUGUUAAAGUCACUGUGUUUGCUUCCAUCUAGCGGUGGUUUUGUGCUAUUUCGCAUCAGUGAGGAGGAGGCAGCAAAAAUAUGCAAUUCCAUUGCACCUGACAAGCCACAUCGAGAUAGUCUCUUUUUCUCUACAGAUAGCCCAGUGAAACACAGUAACCCUGUUUGUUUGUGUGUUUAAUGACUUCAUCGCUGAACUGACUGAACCGGGGGGGAAGGUGGUGGCUACAAAGAUAGAUGUUGUGACACCAGCAACAGGCGGGCAUAUCGGUGAGCUGACCGAGAGCCUGGGGGAUCACUGAAUGGUGACUGAGGCUUUUUUUUUUUUUUAAAUCCUGGAAGUCGCAUCUGUAUUCAGCAGUUACUCAUCAUGCAAGGCCACAGGAGACAGCCCAGUAUUGAACUACUGGAAUUAAUGGGAGUGGUAAGAGAGAAUGGCAGUGAACAGACAUCACUUCCUCCCGUGCACACUCCACUGUCGUAUGACUACGUCCUGGUUGCCAAAACAAUUGAUAACCAGGAGAGAGAGGCUUUCAAGAAGCAAACAGAAUACAUUGAAGAAUUGAAAAAAAAGAACAUGAAAGUCACAGAAAUUAUAGAUGAUGAUCUUGUCUUCUACGGGAUUCAAGCGCCUAAAGAAAUUUUUGAGAAGUACAGGUAUCUGCUCAAAGUGUCUGAUGCUUGUAAUUGGAGCUCGGAUCAGAACAUUGUACCGCUCAGCACCAGGAUAAGGAUUGUCCACUUCAUCUUGAAUCACACCCCUCUCCAUUCAGGAGAGAGUUUGCGGGAUCUUAUGAAGAUGAAUGUUUUUGAGGCAAGGUUCUGCCUGCAUGAGAAAAAGAAACAGAGAGAACUGAAGGAGAGCUGGGCACGAUGGACAGCCUGUCUCCAAGGGCAACCCAUAACUGCUGUCAGGAACUACUUCGGGGAGAAGGUGGCCUUGUACUACCUGUGGUUGGGCUGGUACACGUAUCUGCUCAUCCCGCCUGCUAUCAUUGGGAUCAUAGUCUUCCUUUAUGGCCUUGCCUUCUUCAACAGCUCACCCCUCAUAAAGGAGGUUUGUGAGGCUGACACGGUCAUGUGUCCACUUUGUGACAAGAGAUGCAAAGUGUGGCAGCUCUCCGACACCUGCACAUAUGCCAAGGUGAGCCUGCUGUUCGAUAAUAAUGGCACAGUGCUCUUUGCGAUGUUCAUGGCAGUGUGGGCAACACUGUUUUUGGAGUUCUGGAAGAGACAUCGGGCUUCCUAUGUGUGCGAAUGGAAAGUGUCUGAUUGGUGUGAGGAAGAGGAGGAACUGAUCCUGGAAAUUGUGAACAACGCAAACUGUGAACCAAAAAAAUAUAAGCACUCCUAUCUGCGCAGCACUGUGGUUUUGAUCUGUGUCACAGCAAUGAUAUUGGUGAUCAUUGGCCUGACACAUGCCUUGGUGGUGUUCAGGGUGAUAGCAGCAGUGCUCUUGGCCGAGGGAUCAUGGGAGUUCCUAAGCAACCACUCCAACAGCGGAGCGAUGAUGCUGGGGGCCGUCCUCCAUUACCUCAUCAUCACUGUCAUGACACGGAUCAACAGGAUUGUAGCCAUGAAGCUCUGUGAAAUAGAGAAAACAAGAUCAUUUGCUGCCACAGAGAAGAAUUUCACAGUCAAGAUGUUCACCUUCCAGUUCUUCACCUAUUUCUCCUCCCUCUUCUACGUAGCCUUUUUUCUUGGCAGGAUAAAUGGCCAUCCUGGUGGUUAUGUCCGAAUUGCAGGGAAGUGGAGGCUAGAGGAAUGUCAUCCUAGUGGAUGUCUCACAGACCUGUUCAUCCAAAUGGCGAUCAUAAUGGUACUCAAGCAAACCAUCAGCAAUGUCUUUGAGUUCACUGGCCCUUGGCUCUGCAGGUGGUUGAAGAGAAGAAGGACCCAGAAGCUACAGAGGAAAUGUGCCCACUGCUACCUGAAAGAUGAAUCAGAGGCCAAACACAGAGCUGAACUGUGUGAUAACUGCAAGCUUCGAGACUGGCUCAGCAACUACCGUCUCAAUGAUGUUGACUCCUUCAGCCUGUUCAAUGAGUUUCUGGAGAUGGUGAUCCAGUUCAGCUUCACCACCAUAUUUGUGGCAGCAUUUCCUCUUGCUCCUCUGCUAGCCCUCAUUAAUAAUGUAAUUGAGAUACGCUUGGAUGCCAUUAAAAUGGUCACUCUGGAGCGCAGACUGGUUCCCAAGAAAACCAACGACAUUGGUGUGUGGAUAGACGUGUUGGAGGCUAUUGGUGUCUUAGCUGUCAUUGCGAAUGGGCUGGUCAUCGGUGUAUCUUCAGACUUCAUCCCUCGAUUGGUGUACCGUUUCCGCUAUGGCCCGUGUGCCAACGGCACAGCAACAGAUAUCGACUGCAUGGUUGGCUACAUCAACAACUCUCUCUCCAUUGCACGAAUGGGUGACCAGAACAUACUCAACGAGUUUUCAGCGAAUCAGAUGAUCACUCCUAGUGGCUUGAAUGUCUCUUACUGCAGCUAUAAAGACUACAGGAGCAACGAGGACUACAGUUUUACCCCACAGUUCUGGCUAAUUUUAGCUGUGCGCUUUGCAUUUGUCAUCCUGUUUGAGAUUACAUUUUCCUCUAUGCUUGCAGCACGUUGUCGUCAUAUGCAAAUUCAUUGCAGCCUGGUUUGUACCGAGCGCUCCCAUGCAGGUCAAGAAUGAUAGACUCUUUGAUAAACUCAACAGACUAAAAGAGGAACUCAGGAGGAACUGAUCCUGGAAAUUGUGAGCAAUGCAAACUGUGAACCAAAAAUAUAUGAGCAUUCCUAUCUGCACAGCACACAAUGGUGGGAAAAUAAAAAAGAGAGCACUGGAUUGGUACUCGGUAAUGGAAUCGGUAUGAGGAGAGAAAAAGUAGGAUCGGUGCAUCUCUAGCCCAAACUGCUUACUUAUUUCCCUGUCAAAAGUCUGCCUAUCUUGUGCUUUACAUGUUGUUUUGGUGUCUGAAAAACUCUAGCUAAGCUGAAUCUUCUUUAAUGAAUCACAUUCACAGACCUUUUUCACAGCAGACUUGUCAGAGCAGGAAAAACUAGUCAAAAUGUCUGCCAUGAAAAAGGUCUAUUCAAUUUUAGUUUCACUCCCUUUGUCAUAUCACCUCCCGGCAAUGCCUGUUUGGGAACCACUGCAUUAAAACAAGAAAAUUCACCCUAACCGUGAAAUUCUAUCCCAUUGUUUUAGCACUUGCAUGUGACAGUGUGAUUUUCCUCACAAUUUCUCAAAUGAAAGCAAAUGAAUGGCUAUUCAUGAUACACAGUCAGCAUUACUCUUCUUGACUCUUCAUGAAUUAAUUAAAGAGAUAUACAUUGAAAAAUGAAUAUUCCACCCAAAUUUCAUGGUACUUUAAUUUUUAACUGAAUCCUAAUCAUCUAAAUGAUGACUCAUAAAUACAAAUGCAGCAUUUGUGGUUUGUAGCUCUAAUUAUGUUUUUAUUAUAUGAUUGUACCAGAUACAACAUUUUGAAGUGUGUUUUUAAGAUGUGCUUUGUGUUGUGUUGUGACCACUUUGACAUAUAUAUGCAACUAACCAAUCCUUGCUUUUAUUUCUUACAGUUCAUUUAAAGCGUGACAGCAUUCAGACACUUUUAUGUUGCACAUUUCCCCCUGAGGACAUGAACCCAGUGUCGCCUUGUGCAUUAAAGUGUCCAGACUAUCACAAUGUUGAGUCAACUUCAAAGCCAUUAAUCAUCUCUCUGAAGAGUUCAGACGGAGGGCUCUCCCUCUCUUUUAUUGUUUGCAGUCAAAUUUUGAGUCAAAGUGAUGGCUAUCUGGAUUCUCAUCUAUGAAAUGGACUUUGAUGACCGACCGAUUUUUAUUGGACAAAACAAGUUUACAGUAACUGAUUUUACUGACCACGCCUUUCAUGAAAUUAUUCUUAUUCUUUUUUUUAAGAAUGCACUGAUAGCUUACUGUUGGAUCUCUAUAUUUGUGAGACGUAUGUGAGUGUUUAUAUUGAAAGCCUGAACAUAAUUUAUACUGCUACUGCACAUACAGUACUGAUUGUGUUAUACGAUGUUGCCUUAUAUUGUAAAAAAGCUGAUGAAUGUCAUUACUGCAGACAGAAUGUGAUGGUGUCUUUUGUAAAUCAGUCACGAGAAUGUUUUGCAUUAUAAUAUUUUAUAUUAUUGAAUAAAAGAGGAAACUUUUGGCCUCAUGUAAUGCCUUUUAAAUUUAA